GCGUGGAGGGCUUUAUUUUUAGUGGGGCUCGUUGGAGCCCCGCUGCCAGGCUGCAGGAAGGAGCGCUGUGGCCCGCGCUGCCCUUUCGCCAACGAGCGCAAGAGUCAAAUUAUAAAUUUAAGCGGUGAUAUUAUGACUGGGGAGAAUCCGUCCAAUAAACGGUUAAUGCGCACGGUUUAGACUUGGCACGUGAACGGUAUAAAUAAAAUAAAUACACCUAAUGUGUGCAGCACUAGUUCGUAAUCCUCUCCAGCCGUAUAUUGCAUUUACUUGAGCAAACGCCUCUAAUUGUUGCUAUUAAUAGUAGUAUACUUGCGGUAUUAUUUUGCAUUUUAGUGCAAAUUCUGCCUCUAUUUUGUUAAUGGUUUUGCUCACAGUCGUUUCAGUUUGCAGAUACUAUAAUCGUGGGAAAAUAAUGACAGUUAUCAGUCGCACCCACCAAGUACCCAUAAAAAUCUGUCCUCUGUUCUGGAAGAUGAUAAUUAUUGGUUGUACUACCAUUAUCAUUGUCGUUGUUGAUAGAGGAAAUCUUUAAGCAUUUUUCGAACGUAAUUCCAGAGAAAUCACUUCAAAUUGGCCUAUUUUGGAGGACAAGAGACCAGCUUUCGUUAUAGCCUAAUAUUUCACAGAAAUCUUUAAAUUCAGGCAUCUGCAGCCGCCUGGCACAGUGUGGCACACGCGCCAUGAUGUCAGCGACGGCAUUUUGAUAACGCAUUCUGCAACUUGCUACUUCUGUUUUGAGUUCAAUUAUGUAAUUAUACUGAUAAUCACAGUGACGGAAUUUAACUGCCUUUAAUUUGUUGUUCGUGUGAGACGGAGGGACUGCGGCUGGAGCAGCUCGAGCUUUGCACAGGCACAGAGGACGAGCCGGAGCCAGCCUGCAAAUGAAUCCUAAUAAAAUGGGGAGCUGCUGGAUGCUGCCUUCAUCUUCUUUCUGUGAGUCCGUCCUGCGGAGGCUCUCUGACCCCGGGUAGCGCGGAUUUAUCUGCUUCAUUUGACUCACGUGAUUUUCUAAGUUCUUCGGACCCAGCCUCAGCGUCGCCAAUCGGCUUCCCUCUUGGAGAGAGUGGACCAAUCAGCGACAUUCUUUGAUGAAUAUUCAUGAGUCCGAGAUUCAAACCUUUGAGCGAGUUUGUCUUGGUCCACAGCAUCAUACCUAGGACUUUUCACAGGCACAAACUACAUUUUCUUAUGAAUGGAAAGAGAAAAAAUCUGUUUGGCUUAAAUUGGGACCCAUCCUUCACUGAGACCAUAGAAGGAAAACAACAAAAGCAAGACAAGGGGAACCGCCAGAAGAGAUGACAAUGACUACAAUUCCAGAAGGUCUUAAUAGCCCUGCCUCAGGAAAAACCGUUUUCAUGGAGUUUGGACCCCCGAGUCAACAAAUGUCGCCGUCCUCCAUGUCUCACGGACACUAUCCCAUGCACUGUUUACAUUCUGCAGGUCACACGCAGCACGACAGCUACAGUCCAGCUUCGUCGUUCCCCAGAUCUUUGGGUUAUCCAUACGUAAACUCCGUCGGCAGCCAUUCCACCAGUCCAUAUCUCAGCACAGUACAGACCUACCAAAACAGCUCGGCGCUCACGCAGACGCGGCUAGACGACACAGCGCCAGAAACGGAAAAAAACACGGUGGUCGAGGGCGGAGAGGUCCGAUUCAACGGCAAAGGUAAAAAGAUCAGGAAGCCACGGACUAUCUAUUCAAGUUUGCAACUCCAGGCGCUGAACAGGAGAUUUCAACAAACUCAAUAUCUGGCGUUACCGGAGAGAGCCGAGCUGGCAGCGUCGCUGGGACUCACUCAAACACAGGUGAAAAUUUGGUUUCAAAACAAACGGUCCAAAUUCAAGAAAUUGAUGAAGCAGGGCGGAGGCAACAUUGAUACCAACGCGUUAGCCACGGGCCGUGGACUUUCAAGCGGGUCUCCAUCGGUGGCACCUGUGUGGAGCUCACCGACCACUGUCAAGACCUCAGUGGGGACAACCGGAUCUUACAUUCCCAGUUACACCUCAUGGUAUCCAACCACGCACCAAGAGUCUAUGCAACAGUCGCAGCUCAUGUGAACAGAGACCUCAGCCCUCGACUCUGCCACGGCUCGUGAAUCAGGAUGAUGACGGGGGGCAGACAGCCUCUCUGCGACGCCCGGCACCGCGCACAACACCGACACCAACCCUGGAGUUUGCUGUUGCAUGCCGAGAGCGGACUCACUGGCCUCCUCAUACCGUAGGAUGACGGCAAAGCAGCGAAGGCGACGAGCAGAGACUGCAAAGGCACGCAACGCGGUGCCUCCAGGGGCAACACGUCCGUCACACAGAGCGGAAGAUGUAGACAAAUGGAAUUUUUUCGGCUGCUGUUUAUCAAUCUGUUCAGUUUCUUUUAAAAAAAAUCAUAUGCGUGUGAGUUAUUCUGUUGUUGAGUUGUAGGCUAUAUGUAUAAGAAACGCGUGUUUGUUUACGCCACAUGUCGGGUCCCAUGUGUCCAAGACCUAAAACCAGUCUUAUUUCAGUAAAAGAUCAAUUAGGGUGUUUUUUUUUUCAAACCAAAUAAUUAUAAUGAAUAAAUUCCACGGCCAUUAUGCUUAGAGCACAUUCAACGACAGAGCAUAUUGUGCGAAGCCUCAAAUUGCUACUAUGUUGUUUCUGUGUUUGUUAUUUAAGUUAAAUUAUUCAGGCUAGUUUCUUUUUUUCCGUUGAGGUCAGUCUGUGUUCUUUUUGUAAGUUGUUUGAACAACAACACUGUGUUGUUAUUGCUGCACUGACGCAAGCAGAGCUUUUCUAUGCCGUACCCCGAUGUUAUGUGAAAAAUGUAAGCGGCCUGGCGAUUUUGCUGCUUUAGAAAAAAAAAUAUCCUGAGGGCGAGCAGCUCCUUUGUCACUGUAUUUUGUACAUAGUUUUUCCAGAUUCGUUUGUGUGCUGUGCUGGAUACGCUGUGAAACAGGGUUUUAGGCUUUCUGUAUUCGUCGAGAUGUGUUUAGUCGACAUAGAAAAUAUUUAGUUUUAUAUUGAUCACUUUAAUUUAUUGAUCUGUUUCUGGAGUUUAUGUACAUAAUGUGCAAAGUUUCAAAAGCAGUAAAAUAUUGAUUUAAAUUAUGUCAAGAGAGGCGUCUGAUUCAAGUUCCCCCUCCUCCACCUUCACCCUCUCACCCUCCUCCCGUGUGAAAAGAAAGGCUUCAGCGUGGUGCACGUUUAAUGUGAGCUGACACAAAGCAGUAUCACGUUGGUUAUUGUAGCGCACACUGCCGUUUGGAUUUAUGGUCAUGUUUUGCAUUGAGCCUAUGUGGGCUGGCGCUGCUGCUGCUGCUCCCUGUUGCAGACGGUGUCAAACCUCUGCAGUGACCUCGCAGCAUUACAAGAGUGAUAUUUUUAAUUCAUUCAUGCACCUACGAUGAUAACUCGGCAUGCGGCCCGGCUACGGUUUAAACGUUAAAAGGAAACUAAAAAGCCUUACGCGAUCUAAGCUGCAGCCUUUACUUGGUGACUUCACUGUGGUGGUGCUUAAACCACGGAUUCAAUUAACCACGUCGCUUAGUUCUAUUCAGCGUCUCCUAUAGUAAAUCUUCUGUCUGUUUGUAUUUGACAAUCCCCAUUUUUGCUAUGAAUGGAUGAGAUCAAUUGUGUGUGUUAAGUGUAUAAUUGAGUAAGAGGCAGGUGCUGCAAAAUACACAGGGCGGAUCACAUGAGGAUCCCAGAGAGUGAAAGAAGUUCAAAGGCACUCAUUAAUGGGAUUCACACUUUUUUCAUUUACACCAAUUUUUCAGAGUCUUUUAAUCAUCUUGAUCACUUUUUGAAGUAAAGUGUUAUAUUAGUUUUUAGGCUGUGAAUUAAAAAAAAUGUUCUGUUUA